UGUGUGUCGCUGGACGUUUCGUUCGUCGCGCGCUCAGUUGCCAAAAAAUCGCGAAAAAUGGUCAAAAUCCAACGCCCGCCCAGAGCCAUCAAGAUUAGCAAUUGCAGAGCAGUUGCAGAGUGCCAUGUGUGAAGUGCAUCCGCAGUUGUAAAAUGCCAAUGCCAAAGGACAAUAGCAACAAUGCCAGUUCGAUACAUACACACAGACGAGGGCCGAUGAAAAACUGGUAUAUAAAAGACGCCAAAAGCUUGCGAAAAAGAGAGCAAACGCGCCCCUAACUUGGCUGCAGGAUAUCCAAGAAAAAGCGUCACAAAAAAGGCGAUAGGCGAUUGGAGGGACAGGAUAAACAAGCAACAAACCGUCCGCGAUGUCACAACAACACCCCCAUCACGCCCAUCCCCACUACCACCACUACCCGCCCCCUGCGACGCCCAUGUCCCUGCAGCAGCAGCAGCAGCUGCCGCAACAGCAGCAGUCGCAACAGCAGCAGCAGCAGCAGCAGCACGCCAAUUGGUACUCACAUGUUGCUUCCUACCCCACACACCAUUCGGCCUUCGCCACCGCCCAUCCCACCCCCUGCAAGGCCGCCACCAACAACAACAUCCUCAUGGGUGGUGGCUAUGGUGGAUCAGGGGUGCCGGGGGGGGUUGUUAGUGGUGGCACGCAGGGGUAUUAUGGCGCCGCUGGCGGUGGCCUCAAUGUCAGUGGGGCGGCGGUGGGCUGGGUGUGGGUGGGUGGUGGCCCGAGCUACGGCCUUGGGGCCAACACAGUGGCAUAUGCCCACAACCAACUGCUGCAGUACCAACAACAACAACAACAACAACAACAGCAGCAGCAACAACAACAACAACAACAACAACAGCAGCAACAACAACAUCAACAACUUCCGCAGCAUCUGAACCCGCAGCGGUCCUAUAUGGGCCACGAUAUCAUGACCGGCAGCUACCCUUAUAUCAAAAGCGAACCGCUGGAGGCCUUCCAGCAGCCGCCCAAUCCCAUGGCCCCGCCCCCAGCGCCAGAAAUAUUAAUAAAAUCGGAACCCAUUGAUGAACAUUCCUACAAGUCAAACUAUAUAGACGACAAUACGCCCUUUGCCGACUUUAGCAAGUUCAGCGAAUUCAGCGAGGACAUGCUGAGUCCCAAGGUGGAGUUGACCGUCAAGGAUGAGUCCUACGGAAGGAAUACCAACAGCUUUCUGCGCCGGAAACAGCAGUUGGAUCGCAGCGCCGAAAGUCUGCCCAUCUGCCAGCGCUGCAAAGAGGUCUUCUUCAAGAAGCAAACCUAUCUGCGGCACGUGGCCGAGAGCAACUGCGGGAUCCAGGAGUACGACUUCAAGUGCAGCACUUGCCCCAUGUCCUUUAUGACCACCGAAGAGCUGCAGCGGCACAAGCACCAUCACCGGGCCGACAGGUUCUUCUGCCACAAGUACUGUGGCAAGCACUUCGAUACGAUCGCCGAGUGCGAGGCGCACGAGUACAUGCAGCACGAAUACGAUAGCUUUGUCUGCAACAUGUGCUCGGUGACCUUCGCCAACCGAGAGCAGCUAUAUGCCCACCUUCCCCAACACAAGUUCCAGCAGCGCUUCGACUGUCCCAUCUGCCGGUUAUGGUACCAGACAGCCCUCGAGCUCCACGAGCACCGCCUGGCGGCACCGUACUUCUGUGGCAAGUACUACACGGGCGGACAGUCAUCCUCAGCUUCCCAACCGCAAACGCAGUCGCAGUCGCAGCACCAAAACCAGACGAACUACAAGCUGCAAGACUGCCACAUGGCGACUAUGGAAAUGCCCUCCGGCCCGCAUCACAAGGCGAACCCAUCCGGCUCUUCCUUGCCGGCCACGGCUGCGCUAAGUUCCCUGCUGCAGCAGCGGCAGGCAAAUGCCGAUGGAGCGGCCAUGUUUGCCGCAUCCGCGCUGAAGAACGAGGUGAAUGUGAAUGUGAAGCUGGAGCGCAGCUAUAGCAACUCGACCAGCGAGUCAUCCUACAGCGUUCAGGACAGCAGCUACAACAAUGCCUACGGCAGUGAUGGCUCGAUUCACGGCGGAGCCAUCGCCGGACCGCAGGCCCACUCAUCCACGCUGGACGACUCCGAGGACGCAGUGUGCUGUGUGCCGCUGUGCGGAGUGCGGAAGAGCACCAGCCCCACGCUGCAGUUCUUCACGUUCCCCAAGGACGAGAAGUACCUCAACCAGUGGCUGCACAACCUCAAGAUGUUCCACAUACCCGCCGCCAGCUACGCCAAUUUCCGCAUCUGUAGUAUGCACUUCCCGAAGCGCUGCAUCAACCGGUACUCGCUGUGCUACUGGGCCGUGCCCACGUUCAACCUGGGCCACGACGACGUGGCCAAUCUCUACCAGAACCGGGAGCUGACCAACACCUUCACCACCGGCGAGGUGGCCCGCUGCAGCAUGCCGCACUGCACCAGCCAGCGGGGCGAGAGCAACCUGAAGUUCUACAACUUUCCCAAGGACAUCAAGAGCCUGAUCAAGUGGUGCCAGAACGCCCGACUGCCGGUGCAGGCCAAGGAGCCGCGUCACUUCUGCAGCCGCCACUUCGAGGAGCGCUGCAUCGGCAAGUUCCGGCUGAAGCCGUGGGCGGUGCCCACCCUGCAUCUGGGUGCCCAAUACGGCAAGAUCCACGACAACCCCAAGAAUCUCUAUGUGGAGGAGAAGCGCUGCUGCCUAAACUUCUGCCGCCGGAGCCGAUCCUCUGACUUCAAUAUGUCGCUCUAUCGAUUUCCCAGGGAUGAGGUGCUCCUGCGACGCUGGUGCUACAAUCUCCGCCUGGAUCCGGGUGUGUAUCGCGGAAAGAAUCACAAGAUAUGCAGUGCCCACUUUAUCAAGGAGGCGUUGGGUCUGAGGAAACUAUCACCAGGAGCGGUUCCAACGCUCCACUUGGGCCACACCGACACCUUCAACAUCUACGAGAACGAGCUGUGGCCGCCACCGACGGCCUCCUCCAGUGGCAUCCAGCAGCACCAACAGUCGCAACAUCUCACCUCGCAGCACUCGCUGCAGCAGCAGCUGCACAGCAAAUCCUACCAGCGCCACUCGGCGGCCUCCACGUCGUCGUCGGCCAGUUCGGCCACCUCCCAUUACGUGGAUGCGGACAUGAACGCCUCCUAUCUGGCCAUGGGUGCCGGCGGAUCCUCGGCGCUGAAUGCCAGCGACAGCAUGGACAUCUGCUGCGUGCCCAGUUGUGAGAGCAAGAGGCACAACAACGAGAACAUCACAUUCCACACGAUCCCACGGCGGCCGGAGCAAAUGCGCAAGUGGUGCCACAACCUGAAGAUACCCGAGGAGAAGAUGCACAAGGGCAUGCGAAUCUGCAGCCUGCACUUCGAGCCCUACUGCAUCGGCGGCUGUAUGCGUCCGUUUGCGGUGCCCACCCUGCAGUUGGGCCACGAUGACGACGACAUUCACCGCAAUCCGGACGUGAUCAAGAAGCUCAACAUCCGGGAAACGUGCUGCGUGGCCGUGUGCAAGCGGAAUCGGGACAGGGAUCAUGCCAACCUGCAUCGCUUCCCGAGCAACGUCUCGCUGCUGACCAAGUGGUGUGGCAAUCUCCAGCGGCCCGUGCCCGAUGGCAGUAAGCUCUUCAACGACGCCAUCUGCGAGGUGCACUUCGAGGAUCGGUGUCUGCGCAACAAGAGGCUGGAAAAGUGGGCGGUGCCCACGCUAAUCCUGGGCCACGAGAACAUCCCCUAUCCGCUGCCCACGCCGCAACAGGUGGCCGAGUUCUAUGCCCGACCCACUGCACCCAACAACGGCGAGGAGCAGGGCGAGUGCUGUGUGGAGAGCUGCAAGAGGAACCCCAGCGUGGACGACAUCAAGCUGUACCGGCCGCCGGAGGAGGCCUCGGUGCUGGCCAAAUGGGCGCACAACCUGCAGACGGAGGCCGCCCAACUGACCAGCCUGCGGAUCUGUAAUCUCCACUUCGAGGCCCACUGCAUUGGCAAGCGAAUGCGGCCGUGGGCCAUACCCACUCUCAAUCUGGCCGGCAACAUAGAGAAUCUCUACGAGAAUCCGGAGCACUCGAUGCUGUACAAGCGGCGAACCCAUGCGAAGACCAAGCUGCCGGCCUCCGUGAAGCCCACUUGGGUGCCCAGGUGCUGUCUGCCGCACUGCCGCAAGGUGCGGGCGCUGCACAACGUCCAGCUGUACCGCUUCCCCAAGCUCAAUCGCUCCACGCUGGCCAAGUGGGCGCACAACCUGCAGGUGCCCAUGGUGGGCAGUGCCCAGCGGCGGCUCUGCUCGGCCCACUUUGAGCCGCAUGUGCUGAGCAAGAAGUGUCCGGUGCCGCUGGCGGUGCCCACGUUGGACCUCAACUCGCCGCCCGGCCUGAAGAUCUACCAGAAUCCGGCCAAGCUGAAGGCCAGCAAGCUGUGCCUGCAGCGCGUCUGCAUCGUGGAGAGUUGCCGCAAGACGCGGGCGCAGGGCGUCCAGCUCUUCCGGCUGCCCCACAGUCCCACGCAGCUGCGCAAGUGGAUGCACAACAUCAAGACGCGUCCGCGGGCAGCGAUGCGGGCCCAGUACCGGGUUUGCUCGCGCCACUUUGAGACGCACUCGUUCAACGGCCGCCGGCUGAGCGCUGGCGCCAUUCCCACACUGGAGCUGGGCCACGACGACGAGGACAUUUAUCCUAACGAGGCGCAGGCCUUUGCCGACGAGCACUGCGUGGUGGAGGGCUGCGAGUCGUCCAAGGAGCAGGCCGAGGUGCGACUCUUCCGCUUCCCCACCGACGACGACGACAUGCUGUGGAAGUGGUGCAACAACCUCAAGAUGAAUCCCGUCGACUGCACCGGAGUGCGCAUCUGCAACAAGCACUUCGAGGCGGACUGCAUCGGGCCCAAGCACCUGUACAAGUGGGCCAUUCCCACCCAGGAGCUGGGCCAUGACGACGCCCAGAUCGAGCUGAUAUCGAAUCCCAAGCCGGAGGACCGCUACGUGGAUCCGGUGUUCAAGUGCAUCGUGCCCACCUGCGGCAAGACGCGUCGCUUCGACGAGGUGCAGAUGAACAGCUUCCCCAAGGACCCGCAGCUCUUCCAGCGCUGGCAGCACAACCUGCGGCUGGAGCACCUUAGCUUCCUGGAGCGCGAGCGCUACAAGAUCUGCAACGCCCACUUCGAGGACAUCUGCAUUGGCAAGACACGACUCAAUAUCGGAUCGAUUCCCACCCUCGAGCUGGGCCACGACGAAACGGAGGAUCUGUUCCAGGUGAAUCCGGCCGAGUUGCAGAGCAAUCUCUUUGGUCGCCAGCGGAGGGUUCAGGAGGAAUCGGGUGGGAUAAGCAUCAAGCAGGAACUGUCCGAGCCGGAAGAUGUUAAGCCAGAUGUGACGAACAUGCCUGCUGUCAGGGAUUCCAUUACCAGACAGGUGAAGUUCAAGAGAACAGUGUCCGAGCUGAAGUGUUGUGUGCACAGCUGUGGACGCAGUCGUCUGGAGCACGGAGCUCGGCUCUUUCCCUUUCCCACGGGCAAGCAGCAGCACCUCAAGUGGCGCCACAAUCUGCGCCUGGAGCCCGACGAGGUGGACCGGUCGACGCGGGUGUGCAGUGCCCACUUCAACAGGCGCUGCAUCGACGGCAAGCAGCUGAGGAGCUGGGCCAUGCCCACCCAGCAGCUGGGCCACCGGGAGCAGCCGAUCUACGAGAAUCCCAAGAACAUACCCGGCUUCUUCACGCCCACCUGUGCCCUCGGCCACUGUCGCAAGCGGCGGAGCAUCGACAACGAUCUGCGCACCUAUCGGUAUCCCAGAAGCGAGGAUCUGCUCGAGAAAUGGCGGGCGAAUCUGCGACUGGCGCCGGAUCAGUGCCGCGGCCGCAUCUGUGCGGAUCACUUUGAGGCCCAAGUGCGGGGCAAGCUGAAGCUGAAGACGGGAGCGGUGCCCACGUUGAAGCUGGGCCACGAUGAGGGCUUGAUCUACGACAAUGAGGCUAUCAAGGUGGGACUAAACGAGGACGAGGAGGGCAGCUCGGAGCUGCCGCGACUGAAGCCCAAAAGGGAGCCAAUCGACAGGCGGAGGAAGGCGGAGGAGGAGGAGGAAGACGGGCAGGCUGAGGAGGAGCACCACCACGACCAGGACAACGGGGAUGAGGACGAGAAAGACGAACACUAUUUCGAUCCCCUUGAACUGGUCGAGACCUUUGCCGAGCAUCCAUCCGAUGACGAAGCGGAGGAGGAGGAGGAGGAUCGAGACGAGUUGGAGGAAGAGGAGGAGUUGGACCACUUCCUGCCGGACAUGCCACCCACUCCUCCUCCACUGAUCGCACCGCUGCGUCGCGAAAAGCCCGCCAACAAUGUGACGCCCAUUUGCUGCCUGAAGCACUGCAGAAAGGAGCGCACUGCCUUCCACCUGCUCAGCACCUUUGGGUUUCCCAAGGACCGCCAGCUGCUGCUCAAGUGGUGCGCCAAUCUCCACCUGGAUCCGGACGACUGCAUCGGCCGGGUGUGCAUCGAGCACUUCCAGUCGGAGGUGCUCGGCACCCGCAAGCUCAAGCAGAACGCAGUGCCCACUCUCAAUGUUGGCCACGAUGAGCCACUCAGGUACUCGUGCAAUGGCGUGGAUCUGGAUCGGGAGCAGUCACCGGCACAGCAGUCGGUUUUUCGGCUUUGGAGCCUGAAACACUGCCGCAAGAGGAAGCUAACAGAGCCGCCGGACAUUCGCCCCGGCAAGUGGAGCUCGAUGGAGGUCCAGAUGAUGCGGAGGCUCAAGAUGGAGAUGCAGAUAGAGCGGGAGAUCAAGCUGGAGAUGCAGAUGGAGAGGGAGAUAAAGACGGAGCCGAAGACGGAGGCGAAGACGGAGGCGAAGACUCCAACGAAGAAUCAGAGGGAGAGUAAGCCGGAAAGGUGUUGCAUCAGCACCUGUGCCAACGAGGACGUUAGCCAGUUACUUCCAAUGCCCGAGGAGCAAACUCUUCUAAGAAAGUGGCAGCACAACCUUCAACUACCCAUGGACACUGUUCCCAGCAAGAUUCGCGUUUGCCUGGAGCACUUUGAGGCGCAGUUUGUGCAAAAUGGAAAGCCCACGGAGCAGGCAGUGCCCACUUUAAAGCUGCACCAAGGCAGUUGCAACAUUUACAGAAACACUGGUUCUUGUUUGGUGACCGACUGCAUGAGUUCUUUAGCGGAUUGCUUUGUGGAUUUGCCUGGCAACAUGGUCAUAAGAGCGGACUGGAUGUCCUACCUGAAGCUACCUCCCAGCAACGAGGGUUUACUAUGUGGUGCCCACUUUAUGGAACUUCAUGAGAAUGUGGACUUGCCAAAGGUUCUGUCUGCAAAGGAUUUGGAUGAGCUGCAGUUUACCUUUGACGAACUCAAAUGCGCUGUGCCCGGCUGCUCCUCCAAAAACACGCAGAGUCUUCAGCUUAUUCCGCUGCCAGAAGAGGAGGUGAAGCUUUUCAAGUGGCUGCAUAACACCAAAAUGGCUUACGAACGCUCGAGGCACAAGAGCUAUCGCAUCUGUCUGCUGCACUUUGAGCCAUCGUGCUUGGAGGCGGAUUUCCCGAAAGCUUGGGCCAUACCCACCUUGCAUCUCAAUCAUGAGGAUAAGAUUCACCCGAAUCCCAGGCAGGAAUCACGCAGUGAAACGCCCAAUAGCAACUCCAGGCUGACGCCGCUGAGGAUUAAGACAGACCUCGCCUCGCUGGGCAGCCCGUGCGCCAGUGCGAGUCCCAGUCCGCGCGGCAGGACCAGGAUAUGCUGCAUUCCCACCUGCGGACAGUUUGGGAACAGUCAAGUGAGGCUCUACCGCUUUCCCACCGAAGAGCAGGCCCUGCUGCGUUGGCUGGUGAACACGCAGCAGCAGCCUCGCCUGGUGGAUCCCCUCGAGCUCUAUGUGUGCCAGGCCCACUUCGAACCCGAUGCCAUCUGCAAGAAGCAGCUCCGCAGCUGGGCAGAGCCCACCCUGAAACUGGGCCACGACGGGCACGUGAUCCCCAAUGCCAGGCACAACGGUAACAUUGCCGACAGCCAGGAGACGGAGCAGGCGAUGUCGUUCAUCCGGGAGCGCUACUGCUCCGUGCUGACUUGCUUCCAGGCCGAGGGCAAUGGCGUACGGCUCUAUGAGUAUCCCAAGGACAUGGCAACGAUACGGAAGUGGGCGGCAGCAUGCCGACAUCGCUCCAUGCAGGCCAGCAGUCAUGGCUUCAGGGUGUGCCAGUCGCACUUUGCUCCGGCUUGCUUCGAACCCAACACUUUGGAUCUGAUUGAGGGAUCCGUGCCCACGCUGGAGUUGAGCAGGGAUGACAUUGAGAGGCACUGCCUGGUGGCGGGAUGUGCGAAGGAGGCGGGUGGCGAACGGCUGCGCUACUACAAGGUGCCGAAGACUGCGGCUCAGCUGGAUGCGUGGAGCAACAACCUGAAGAUCAGCCCCGUGGACCUCGUUCAGGGGGAUCAGUUCAUCUGCGAGCGUCACUUUGAGUCCUUUUGCUUUGGUGCCUACAAGGGACUGCGCCCGGGAGCUCUGCCCACCCUCCACCUGGGUCACGACCAAGAGGCGGAGAUGUUGCCCAAUCCCGAAAGCCUCUGGCAAAACAAACCGGAGGUGUGCUGUGCCCCCGGAUGCGGGCGUAUUUGGCAGCCGGGAGACACUCCGCUCAGUGGAUUCCCCAAAGUAUGGGCCCUGGCCGACAAAUGGAUGUACAAUCUCCGACUGAAAGUGGCCAAGGAGCAGCUAGGCAGGCUGAAAGUGUGCAGUAGCCACUUCGAGGGCUCCCUAUUCGACAAAAGUGGAUUGAUCUUCGGAGCAAUGCCCACUCUGGAGCUGGGGCAUGACUCACCGGACAUUUUCCAGACGGACAAGCAAAGUCUGGGCAAGAGCUUGAAGCUUUCUAAGCGUGCCCAGGUGACGGAGGCCGUCUGCUGUUAUCCCGAGUGCAAGGAGCUGUCCAAGAACUUGUCGUUCAACCUGCCCCAGGAGGAGAACCUUCGCGCAGCUUGGCUGCGUCACUUGGACACCGAAGAGGGGGAUGCGUGCGGUGUGGCCAUGCUCUGUCCGCUGCACUUUGUCAUCCUGUAUGAGCUCAGUGUGAAAAGUUUCCCGGAGCAUGUUCCAGAUCGCCUGCUCGAGGAUAACUAUCACUCUGCCAGGAGCAACAGGCGCGUCAAGAUCGUGAGCUGUGCCGUCAGGGGUUGCGACAUGAUCCGGCCCCGGGACAAGGUUCUCCUGCACGGAUUGCCGCAACGGCGGGACAUCCUGAAGAUGUGGGUUGACAAUGGCCAGCUGGAGAUCACCGAGCAGCAGCAACAGUACAUGCUCAAGGUGUGCCGCAAUCACUUUGAGCCACAAUGCUCGUUCGACGACAGGCGGCUGCACCCCUGGAGCGUUCCCACUCUCCACUUGCCGGCGGAGCCAGUGCACCAGAUACCCAGCAAGGAGGAGUGGCUGGAGAUGACGGCCAAACUGAGCCAGGAACCAGAGGCCAUCGUGGAGGAGGGGGAGGAUGAGCUGCUGGAGCUGGAAGAGGGUGACUCCCUGUUGGAGCCCAUUGUGAGGAUGGAGCACGUGGAGUCCGAGGAGGAGGAGGAGGAGUCGGAGAUGCAGGCCCUCGAGGUGCUGCUGGAGGUGGGUCACGUCGAGCGCAUGGACAGCUACGAGAAAGUGGACACCACCGAGCAUGCCAACUACCAGUCCGCCGGCACUCGAAAUCAGUACAAUGCCAACCACUGUGCCGUCGAGGGAUGCCAGGUGACCGUGGAGGAUGUGGACGGGACAAUCAAGCUGCACAAGUUCCCCGCCUCCUCGGAGGCCGCCCAGAAAUGGAUGCACAACACCCAGGUCGACAUGGACGAGAAGUUCUGGUGGCGCUAUCGCAUCUGCAGCUACCAUUUCGACCAGGAGUGCUUCCAGAGUGCCAGGAUCAAGAAGGGUGCGAUGCCCACGCUCCUUUUGGGGCCCAACAGACCGGACAGGCUGUACGACAAUGAGUUUGCCUUGCAGGAGGCCGAGGAGCCGCCACCCUUGUCGGCAGAUCUCCAGUCGGAGGAGGACCACGAGCCGCCGACCAAUCUGUGCCUGCCGCCACCGGCUCCUCCCCGCAAGUCCAGCAAGUUUUGCCAGAUUGAGGGCUGCACGAAUCACCUGACCACCGAGAACAUGACGCUGCACAAGUUUCCCCACUCCGAGGACAUGUGCCUCAAGUGGCAGCACAACACGCAGGUGCCGUUCGAUCCCUACUACCGCUGGCGCUACCGCAUCUGCAGUGCCCACUUCCAUCCGGUGUGCCUGGUCAACAUGCGACUGGUGCACGGCAGUGUGCCCACUUUGAAGCUGGGCACCAAGGCUCCCGCCGACCUCUUCGACAACGACUUCGAGGCCAUCAACUUGCGGCUGGACAAGCGAUCGGGAGUGGAUCGGGAGCCCAGUGCCCUGCAGAUCAAGGAGGAAAGGGAGGAGGACGAGGACUCCUCCAUGCUGUUCCUAGAGCCUGAACUGCAGCUGCACGAGGACCAGGAGGAGGUGGAGAUGCCCUUUAGCCAGUCGCACUGGAAGAGCCAGCUACGCCUGCCCGUGAAGCAGGAGAAGGUCUACUACAACCAGGUGAAGUCCGGCUACGACAAGUGCUCGCUGAGCCAUUGCCAGCGGCAGAGAUCCCAGCACGGCGUGCACAUCUACAAGUUCCCCAAGUCGAGGCGCCAGCAGGAGCGCUGGUCGCACAACCUCCGCAUCCGCUACGACGAGCGGCGGCCCUGGAAGUUCAUGAUCUGCAGCGUGCACUUCGAACCGCACUGCAUCAGCCUGAGGAAGCUGCGCCCGUGGGCGGUGCCCACUCUGGAACUGGGCGACAAUGUGCCCGCCAAGAUCUUCACCAACGAGCAAUGCCGGGAACUUUCCACCGAUCGCAGCGAGGCGGGCAGCGAAGGCGACGAGAAUGGCGACGAGGAUGGCCUGCAGGAGGACGAGGAAGACGAGGAGGAGGAGGAGGUGGAGGAGGAUGAGUGCGACGAGGACUUGGAGCCAGAGGUUCGCGUCAAGCGGGAGAGGCGUUCCAAGCUGGAUCCCUGGCCUCCGGGCCAGGUUCCGCCCUGGAAGGUCAAGCAGUGCUGCCUGCCCUACUGCCGUGCCUUCCGCGGUGACGGCAUCAAGCUCUUCCGGCUGCCCAACAACCGCACCUCCAUCCGCAACUGGGAGCAGGCCACGGGCAUGGUCUUCAAGGAGUCCCAGCGCAACACUCGUCUCAUCUGCAGCCGCCACUUCGAGCCGGAGCUGAUUGGGGUGCGGCGCCUCAUGCGCAACGCCAUUCCCACCCGCCAUUUGAAUGCCCAGGGAGCGCCGGCUGCUGUCAAGAGGAAACCAGAUCCUCCCGUCCCCGUGGCCACCUGCUGCAUGGCCGACUGCCAUCAUAAUGGAAACGUCAAGCUGCACAAGUUUCCCAGUGAUCCCACGCUGCUUAGGCAGUGGUGCCAAGCCCUGAGGCUCACGGAUACGCAGCGGUACCGGGGCAAACACAUCUGCUCGGUCCACCUGCCCACCGACAAGACGGUUAGCUGCGUUGUCUGCGGCGUGGACAACGUUCAGCUGCCGAUGCUGGACUUUCCGGAGCAGCGCAAUCAGCGCGCCAAGUGGUGCUACAAUCUCAAGAUCGAGGCCAUACCCAAGUGGGACCACUCCAAGCACAUCUGCCGUCGUCACUUCGAGUCGCAUUGCUUUGCCCAGUCGGAUGAGCUGCGUCCGGGAGCGAUUCCCACGCGGCAUCUGGGCCACGACGACACGAACAUAUUCCUCAGCGACUAUGCCACUGGUCCUACGACCGGCAAUCGGAUCAAGGACGAGCCCCUGGACAGCGACGACAUGCUGCUGGUUUAGGCCACCCACAAGGAAUCAUUUUAGCCUAGUUUUAGCUGCCCCAUUUUAUAGACCUUUUUGUACAUUUAUUGUACCAAUGCCACAUCACGUCUUCUAGUUUUACCAUGUAGUCUCUACCGGUGAUUUUAAUGCGUUAUUUACUCGUAAGUGGCUUUAGGAUAGAAUGCCAUACAAAGAAACAAACAACACACACAAUGUUCCUUAAGUUUUUGUUUUUACUUUUUAUACAUCGUACUUUAACUGUGAAAGAAAUGUGUUUUAGUUUCCAUGAUACAUAUACAUAUAUACAUAUAUAUAUAUAUAUAUAAACUAUAGAUACAUACGUAUUAUGUAAUAUCCUUGAGCGUAUAUGUGUAGACCUGUAGAAGAUGAACCAAUAAUAGAUGGUGUUUUUCUAAAUAUACAUAUUAAUGAAAACGAAA